UUGGCCGAAGUUCCGCCGUCGUCGCCGUCAAAUGAAGAUGUAUUGGAGUACCCAAUAAAUCAGGUACCCACAUCUUCAUUACCUGCACCUAGUGUUCAGCCUGAUCUACCAUCUGCAAAUAACUCUUCACACCGAACUAACCAGCGAUUACCCGAACCAAACCGUAAAUGGAAAAAGAGGGACCUAAGUACAUCUUUACCGGAAUACAUUGCGGAUACUGGAGUAGUAGAUGACUGGUUUGCUCACUGUACCACACCGACUGAUAUAUUUUUAGUAUUGAUUGAUGACAUUGUUGACAAUAUUGUAUACCAAAGUAACCUUUAUGCUACUCAGAAAAGCAAAGUAUUGAACCUAAAAAAAGAGGAACUCCUAACAUUUAUAGGUAUUAAUUUUUUUAUGGGUUACAAUACUCGUCCGGCGUGGAGAGACCACUACUCUUCGGCACCUGAUCUCAACAACGCGCUUAUUUGCAAGACUUUGCCUAGAGACAGGUUCGCUAUUAUUUUAUCUCAUCUGCAUUGCAAUGAUAGCUCCAAAAUGCCUUCAGGCUGCAAAGAUAAAUUAUAUAAAAUUAGACCAAUGAUUGAUGCACUCAAUAAAAAAUUUGAAAUGGUUUAUCAUGGUACUCGCGAACUGAGUGUAGAUGAGUCCAUGAUUAAAUUCAAAGGUAGGUCUGUCCUAAAACAGUAUCUACCUAUGAAGCCCAUAAAAAGGGGGUACAAACUGUGGUGUCUUGCUGACCAGAGGGGGUAUAUAAAGAAGUUUCAAAUUUACCAAGGGAAAGACGAAGAACUGAACACAAAAUUUACCGGCUAUGGAUUAGGAGAGAAAGUAGUUUUGGAGUUAACGGAACAAGAUUGGAGUAAGGGGAAGGUAGUUUACUUUGAUAAUUUUUUCACGUCUGUGGCUUUACUUGAGAAACUGAAAACUGAAAACACCUACGCAUGUGGAACUAUCCGAAGUAACAGAAAAGGACUGCCCGGAAAUAUGCUCGCUGAUUCUCAAUUGAAAAGGGGCGAUAGUGAUCAUCGAUUUUCAAAUUUAGACAUUGGAUAUUGGAAAUGGAAGGAUAAUAAAAUGGUUCAUUUAGUGUCUAAUUUUCACGGGAACGAAGAGGCAACUGUGUCACGUAAAGAAAAAAAUGGAACCAAGUCAGCCAUUACAUGCCCUAUAGCUGUCAAAGAUUACAAUAUGUAUAUGGGCGGCGUAGAUACAGCUGAUCGUUUGAGAGCCCUUUACUGUAUAGAUCGCAAAUCUCCGAAAUGGUGGCACAGAUUGUUUUGGGGUCUUCUGGACAUCGUAUUUGUCAAUGCAUAUGUCAUUCAUGGACUUAUAAUGGAACAGACUACCGUAAAAGAUUUUAGACGUUCUGUUACUCAAGGCUUGAUGACAAUGAAAGAUGCUAGUCAGAAAAGGAAGACUUCUACUGACAAUACUGCAAAAGGCGGCCCUUCCAAAAGACGCAAAUCUGACUACUCCACUAUAAAAGACGUACGCUUAGGUAACAGAGGCAUCCAUUGA